GCAAAGCACUAUUAUGCAAUGUGGAAACUAACCUGACUCAAAGCAGCGUAGUCCAGUCGCGCACUGACAGAUAAAUGGUGGAAAGAGGCGUCUUUUCGAAUAAAAUGUCCUGAUCCAUGCCCUUAGCGGUGUGCUGUGGUUUUCAUUUAGGCAGUAUGAUACACAAUUCACGGUAGUCUUUGGCAGUUGAAUAUAAUUGCAUUUAGCUUGGUUUGGUCACAUAUUUCUUUCGGGGUGUUUGGGUUUUGGGUUGCUUGUUUGUGGUGUCAUGGAUGUGUGAACUUUGAAGAACCGCUAAAUGACAUUGUGUUUCUAGUUACUUGCUGGCAGAAAUCUUAUUAAAACAGAUUAUUUGGUGGUUUCAUGGGCUGUAUGAAAAGCAUAUUCUCCAUGUUUAGUGUUUUUUAUAGUGUCUAUUUAUUAGACCAGUCCAUUUGUCCACAUUUCCAAUGCAACUUUAUAUGUGUGUCACUGCUUAUUCUGUAGCCUGCCCACCUCCUCCUUUCGACUGGCGAAUUAAUUUCCCUUAUGUUAUAGAAAAAUAGUACUAGGAAAGACCGUGGCAUAUCCCCUCGACAAAAGCAGUGACAGCUGAUGCUGACGCGCACGCACAUUCGCUGUUUUUUUGGCUGUGGUGCUGAAAUGGUUAAUGCGUCGUCUCGUUAGUCCAGCCUCUCUGGUCCUUCCCCCCGUUACCACCCUGGGAGAAAAAAGUAGGUUGAAAUCCAAGUGCAUUGUGGGUAAGUGUCACAGUUGCAUAAGCUCCGGAGUGUGUAGCCUACAUUAUACCCCCCUCCUCACAGCAGACACCGUGCGCCUCCCCCCUCUCUAAGCGUAUGGUACAUUUUUUUUUCUUUGCUGCCAGCAUGCAGUUCACACAAGGCAAGAUCAGGGGUGUAACUAGAGUCACAUUGGGGUCCUCAUUGCUAGACUGUUGCAGAUGAACAGUUUGAGACAGCUCUGCUGUUGAGAAUCAGAUCGGGACACAGGGACUCCCGAAGUAAGGUUGGUGCUAUAUGGACUUGUACAUGAUGAACUGUGAGCUUCUUGCUACGUGCAGUGCCUUGGGCUACCUGGAAGGGGACACAUACCACCGGGAACCCGACUGUUUAGAGAGUGUAAAGGAUCUAAUCCGCUACCUGCGGCACGAGGAUGACACGAGGGACAUCCGUCAGCAGCUGGGGGCCGCUCAGAUCCUGCAGAACGACCUGCUGCCCAUCAUCACCCAGCACGGCCAAGACAAGGCCCUCUUCGACGCCUGCAUCAGGCUGAUGGUGAACCUGACCCAGCCGGCUCUGCUCUGCUUUGGCAAAGUGCCUGAUGACCCCACAUUCAGACAUCACUUCCUACAGGUGGUGUCCUACCUGCAGGCCUACAAAGAGGCAUUUGCCAGUGAGAAGGUCUUUGGUGUCUUGAGUGAGACGCUCUACAAUCUGCUGCAGUUGGACUGGGAGCAGAGGCAGGAGGAAGAUAACCUGCUGAUCGAGCGCAUCAUCCUGCUGGUCAGAAACGUCCUGCACAUCCCGCCCGACCCCUACGAAGAAAAGAAUGUGGAUGAUGAUGCGAGUGUGCACGACAAGCUGCUGUGGGCCAUUCACCUGAGUGGCUUUGAUGACCUGCUGAAGUUCCUGGCCAGCGCCCAGACGGAGCAGCAGUGGAGCAUGCACGUCCUGGAGGUCAUCUCCCUCAUGUUCCGCGACCAGGCCCCAGAAGUGCUGGCCAAUGCAGGGCAGACGCGCUCUGCUCAGCAGAAACAGAAGGACGCCCAGGAGCUGGAGGCACUCAGAGCCAAGGAGCACGCAGAGAAACACAACCGCACCAUGCAGAGAGGCUCAAGACACUCCCGUUUUCGAGGCUCCUAUGUGGUGCAGGGCCUGAAGUCCAUCGGGGAGAAGGACGUCAUCUUCCACCAGGGUUUGCACAAUUUUAAGAACUACUCCCAUGACGUGGGCAAGGCCGUGCGGCGGGUGCCCAAGAGGAAGCAGGCGGCCAAGGACACGGAGGCCAAGCGGCGGUCUGCACUCAACGUCCGCCUCUUCCUCAGAGAGUUCUGCAUGGACUUCCUGGACAACUGCUACAACCACCUCAUGUACUUGGUGAAGGAGAAUCUGCUGAGGGAGCAUGCCCAGCAGCACGAUGAGACCUACUACCUGUGGGCCCUCACCUUCUUCAUGGCCUUCAACCGCCUCAACGGCUUCCAGCCAGACCUGGUGUCCGAGACCCUCUCCAUACGGGCGUUCCACUUCAUCGAGAAGAACAUCACCAACUACUACGAGAUGAUGCUCACCGACAAAAAAGAGGCCACUUCCUGGUCGCGCAGGAUGCACCUGGCACUGAAGGCCUACCAGGAACUGCUGCUGACCCUGAAUGAGAUGGACAAAUCAAAGGAUGAGGGCGUUCGCCAGAGCUCCAACGUCAUCAAAAGUAACAUCUUCUACAUGAUGGAGUAUCGUGAGAUCUUCCUGACACUGCUGCGCAAGUUUGACGAGCGGACGCAGCCGCGCUCCUUCCUGCGAGACUUGGUGGAGUCCACUCACCUGUUCCUGCGCAUGCUGGAGCGCUUCUGCAAGGGCCGCAACAACCUCAUGGUGCAGAAGAAGAAGGUGAAGCGGAAAAAGAAGAAGAGUAAGAAGCAGACUGGUGAGGAGAACACUCCUGCGGCACUAGAGGAAGCCUGGCAAGUGGUCUCACAGGACCUCAGAGCAGCAAGCUUUCAGAUCCCCUCCUCACUGGCAGAGGGCGCUGUGCCCUUUGACGCUGCGUCAGACACACCACUGGAGGAGCAGCGGACGGAGGCCAUGGUGCGCAUCCAGGACGCCCUGAUCGGCCGCCAGGGGCCCGAGGCCCUCAGUCUGCUCCGGGCUGCUAGGGACGUGUGGCCAGAGGGAGAUGUGUUUGGGGCUGCUGAUGUGGAGCCUGAAGAGGAGCUGGAUCUCCUCAAACAGAUCCUUCAGGCCAACCUGCCCAGGUCGUCUGUGCCUGAGGUUGCCAUGGAGGAAGAAGAUGAUGAGAUCGAGGAAGAGGAGGAGGAAUUGGAGUCAGUCAGGGUGUCCGAGACAGAGUUCAACUUCCUGGACUUCAUCAAGAGGUUCGCCAACCCCAACGUGGUGCGUCCGUACGUGCUGCUGCUGCGCUCCUAUCCCCAGAACACGCCGCACACCAACCACUGCAUCGCCCGCAUGCUGCACCGCGUGGCCGUGGACCUCAAGAUGGAGGCGAUACUCUUCCAACUCUCCGUCUUCUGCCUCUUCAACAAGAUCCUCGGGGACCCAGCAGCCAUGGCCUACAAGGAGCUGGUGACCUUUGCCAAGUUCGUCCUGAACCGGUUCUUUGCAACGGCGGCGAAGAACAACAAGGCAUACGUGGAGUUACUCUUCUGGAAGAACGUGGGGGCUGUUCGAGAGAUGACGGAAGGAUACAACAAAGACGGGCCGGGAGCGAGUAAGAAGGUGGUGAAAUGGACUGAGGAGGAGGAAGAAGAGCUGCGUAGACUGUAUGAGGAGCAUAAGGACUCUGAAGUGCCUGACAUUGUGGAGACGCUCCUGCCACUGUUGAGCAAGCCUGACCUCACUCGCCGCAAGGUCGUGGUCCAGUUGGUUUGCAUGGGUCUGGUGGACAGUGUGAAGGACCUUAAAAAACAAAAGAAAGGCACUCGCAUCGUACUGUGGACAGAGGAGCAGGAGGAAGAACUGCAGAUGCUGUUUGAGGAGCACAGGAACUCAGAUGACAUCCUGGGCAACAUCAUGAAGCGUGUGACGGCGAAGCGUUCGCGAGCCCGCGUGGUGGACAAGCUGCUGAGCCUGGGCCUGGUGACCGACCGCAAGGAGCUCUACAAGAAGAGGCGGCGACAGCAGGCACCUGGGAAGAGUGCCGGCAUGACUGAGGAGGACUUCUUUGCUGACCUGAGCGGCGCCCCACGGGAAGAUGACCCGGAGAGAGAUGAAGAGGAGGAGGAGGAGGAGGAAGACUUUUCCGAUGAGGAGGAGGAGGAGGAGGAAGAGGAGAGGGAGGAGAGGGAGGAGAGUGAGAAGGAGGUGGAGGCGGAAAGGAGGAAGGUGACACCGAGCCAGAAGAGGAGCAGGAGCAGAGGAAACCCGGCAGAGAGAAGCAUCAACCUGGACAACAUGGUCAGGAGCCUGCAGCAGGAAGGCAUGUCAGGACCCCUUUUGUGGCUGCAGAACAGACUGAACAAAACCGCAAACGACCGGGAAAACGAUGGAGUGUCCCAUGCUGUGGCGCUGGUGCCCCUGACGGAGGAGAACGAAGAUGCCAUGGAGAACAGAAGCUUCCAGAAGCUCCUGAAGAAAGUGGGCAUCCGACCACCUGCCAACGAGCAGGAAUCUUUCUGGAGAAUCCCAGCCACCUUGAGCAUUUACCAGUUAAGGGCGGCAGCCACGUCGUUGUGUCCGCCAGCGGAGCCUCCAAGUGGGACUGCGGAGCAGGACGAGAGGCCAGAGGCAUCGGAACCCCCGGACGAGGCCACCAGCCACGAGCAGAGAACCCAGGCCAUCAGGGCCCUGCUGCUCGCCCGUAAUAGGAAACAAUCAUCAGAAGAUGAAUCCCCUUCGGAAGAUCCUGUUGCUGCCAAUGGGAAAGAGAGGGGAACAGCAGAGCCUAUCAUCGGAGGAAAGCGUAGUCGAGCAUUGGACAGUGACGAUGAAAAUGAUGAAGAUCCCUCUUCCAAGAUGGAGGUUGGGAACAAGACGGGGGCUGGUGAUUCCGACACCGAGGAACACUCUGCUCCCGCCAAGCGACGGCGGCACAGAGUACUAAGUGACGAUGAAGAUGACUGAAACUUGAAACUUUUGUCAAGACGGAUCGCCGCACAUACGCACGCACACCGACGCAAAAUAUCUUGCAUUUUAUUUGUUUUAAAACAAGUGCAAGAUGAUCGUACAUUCUCCUGCCAGUUGUUUACCAAAUCGUUAUCUUUGAAAGUAUUUUGCGCAGUACAGUGAUCCACGUUCAGGGCCACAUCAGCAAGUCUGACUUGAAGCGAUCUCCCCAAUCCCUUUCAUCUCUUUAGUGCCUGGUGUAGCCACUGCCAUUGGAAGUGUGUGGAGACAGCCCUCUGUGGGAAGAUUUAAGUUUAUGCAUUUCGUUCUCUUUCCUCAUGUUGGGUUAGAAAAUGAUUGUGGAUUCUGUAAGGAUAAAAGACAGCAGAAAGAAAGGAAAGCAACAUUCUCAGGAAAAUCUUCAUUGCCUUUGUUCUGUCAUUGGUAAAUACACUAUCAGAUGUAAUGUCCUUGAAAGACAGGUGGUUGUUCCCAUGUCAUUUCCCUCAAGUGUGUUUUAUAUUCACGACAGAUGUUCAUUCUGUAAGGGAACAAAUAAACUGUUGGGUGACAACAUGCUCGACCAAUUUUACUUCGAACUUUGGAACACUUGAACAGUUUUUACUUUGAAGGUUGCUUGAACAAAUCCAUGUAUUGACAGUAAGCAGAUUGUUGUCCAGCUUGUAAAAAAACAUCUUUAUAUAUAUUUUUGCUGUAGACCUAAAGCUUGAGAGUUUUAAGGUUAAUUGUUUGUUUCAUGUUCUGGCUUUGUGCAUGAUGUUAAUAAAAUUAAGUUACAUGACA